UCACAUAACCAUUUACAUACCAUAUCAGCUACAGUUUUGACCAUCUAGUUCAUAGUAAACUGAGAAAUCACCAUUUGGUGAACUAGGCGUUAGGCUGCGAGGGGCGCUGUUUUGCAUUUGUCGUCGUGCAAUGUGGACUUCAACAUCGUUCUGCUCGGAGAUACUGGAUAGAAAAAAGGAUUGUAUAAAUACUAAAGCCGAAAGAUUUGUGACCAAUUUGAUUACCUUUCAUUAUAGUUUGACAAGCACCUGCGACUACACCGUUUACUGGAUCUCUUCGUUAUUCGAUGGAGCUUCAACCGUUGAAGGUGUGGCGGACAAACAGUGCUCACUAUCCUAUUUGGGGAUACUGAAUAUAAAUAGUUAAAGUCAUUCAGUUUAGUACAGUAAUAACUGAUGAACAUUAUCACGAACAGUUACCAUACUUCAUUAAGUACAGUUAAAAUCCUUACCGCUUCAGCAAUGGUUUUUGAUUAUGCGGGAUACUAUCUUUUAUCACGUAGUAUCUACGUGAACUUGGCAACGUCAAACAGAAUGUCAUAGAAGAAGUAUCGCGUGAACUCUCUAUGUGAAAAUACACAGAAAUCAAAAUGGCGAAGCUGUUGUCUAACUCAGUCUCUGACAAUAAAAAAAAUUUAUCGACGGCUUGCCAAUAAGUGAGCUUUCGAAAAACCGUACGAAUUUGACAUCGAGCCUUGAGCUUACAGGUUUCACACAGAUUGAGUUCAAAGGUCGAGGAGUUUCCUAUACAUAAACAGUUGCAGCUUACAAUAGUUAUCUCCGGCAAAUGUCGUAAUAUUUGUCCGUUUUUAUGUCGUUUGAUUCAUUUACGAAUCGGCGAUUUUGCAUGGCCGUGCGAUUUAUCAAGCAACAUAUUUCAGUAACAGUGAAUGACAAUGAACUCAUGUUCUGGGCUCAAAUUAAUUUGUGCCCGCUGUCAGCAGUAAGAUAAAGAUGUAUAAAAAGAAGCGGUGAUGUGCUAUCUCGUUUACACAUAUGUUGAGAUUUUAGCCCUUGAAACAUGGCGUGAUGCCAAAGGGGUGUGGAAUUCACUUCGCAGUAACGUGUCGAUUUUUUACAGUGUAGAGGAGCUAAAAUGAUCAAAAUUGCCAUUUGUUUCAAAACCAUCAAAACGAUUUCUUUCAGUUACAAAAAAACAGAGCGAUUGUCACUACCGGUUGAUAAAUAGAUUGCUUUACCGCUGGAAAUAUUGUAGGGUGCUGAGUUCGUGAUUUUGAUAUUUUUAUAUGCCUGUUAUCAGCUAGUAUUGCGACGAUGGAUUCCUCGGGGGCUAGAAUUUUAGAAAUACUCAAUUUACCACUCAUGAUGCGAUGUCCCGAACUAGGUCUUCUCAUAGAUCGAUCCAGCAUAAAGGAAUUACAAGAUAUUUACCCAUUGUUGGUCAAUUCCAUAUUCGGUAUUAAUACCGGUGUGGGCUGGGGCCUUCGAUCGAUUACGCGAGAUACACAUCCGCUUGAUUUUGAUGUACUGUAUAACUUUUUCAUACCUAUUGGCGGCCCUAUGUUUCGACUGUGUUAUCGACUUCUGAAUGACCCUUUAAAAUACGAACUCCCCAUAUCAUACCUACCACCAAAAAUGCAGCAACUGUUAGAUAGUGGACGAUAUUCGGCAUUUUAUAGUGAUUUAAUCAAUGUUGAUCCAUUUAGAAGACAAAUUGUGUCGCUAGCUUUGAAUGCAUUUGAUUACUUUACGCUGCAUUUUGUGCUGCACGGACUGAUUACUCCACAAAGACUAUGCUCAGGAAUAACACCAUUUGGUAAUGAAAAGGCCAAAACAUUAUACCUUAUUUUGACCGCAGAGUAUCUAUGUACCUUUCUGCCUAGUCAUCCGGACUCUGUUGUACUUCCACAAAUUAUGUGUGGCAGUAUAAAGGUCUCUUCACCGGCUUCCAUACCAGUACUACAACCCACAAAAUCACCGAAAUAUCUUCUAAUAUCGGCUAUACAUCAUCAUGCUCCUGCUACAACGGCACCUCAUCAACAUACUGUCAGCAACACUACAAUCGAAUCUUCCCGUAGCUAUUGUUGGCGUUCUGAAAGUGUACUCUAUCUCUUUAUUGAUUGUUGGCUUCGGUUAGAUGUCGACGAUUCUCGUGAACUACCUAGUAACGAAUUUAUACGAUGCGUGCGUAUUUUAGUUAAGCAACUUCAUUCAUUUGGUAAUAGCGCAGAGCUCGAUAACACAUCAAUGAUACAUUUAAGACAGCUAGCACAACCGUUGAUGAAUGCCCGAAUUUACAGCUUUGUAAAAUCGUUAAUAGCACGUUGGCCAUUAGAUAGUUCGUUUUCAGACGUGCUGGAGCUAUGGCUUAGCUACAUACAACCUUGGCGAUACACAUUUAAUCGAGACCUUAGCAGCACCACUGAGAUACCCAUUUCUCCUCGAAACGAAAAUUUUAUAACCGACAAUUUGCUCGUAUAUACUCAAAUUUUCAUCCAGUUGAUUCCACGCUUUGAACGAAUGGAUUUGACGACACUCAGAAAUGUUUUGAUGUUAUUCCGGCUGUUAAAAGUGUUUAGCCAAAGCAACUUGAUUGAUUUACUGAAUCAAAACGAACAAGUUAUGUCUUCUAACAAUAACGUCAACUUUAACAGUUCUGCGUUUAAUAUUAGUGGUGCUUCCAACCGAAGUGUGGGUAAUGUAAGUGUAGGCGUUCUUAACAGAUCUAGCGGCGAAUGGAAAUCUUUCAACUCAAGUGGUGGUGCUGGUGGUAGACCAGGAACACCAGGAAAUAAAUCGACUGGAGAAGCUCAUGAUGAUAGUUAUGUAUUUCUCUUCGGGGAUCAGUUUAGUAAAGAAAUCGAGGAGUUGCUGAAGAGAAUAUACGUUUCCACAAUAAUAGCAAGAGAGAAUCUCAGACAGAUACAGAUAGAAAAGGAAAGUCGUUACCGUGGAGUACUCAAGUAUGUACAUAAAGUGAUUGGAUACUUCGAUUAUGACCCAAUGUAUGCGGCAAUGCUUAGCGAUCGACAAAAGAUUCCGGAAAUUUUGGAAGUAGUGUUGGAAGCCCUCGCGAGAAUGUUUCAGAUUCCACUAACGGAAGAAUUUUUCCAAGGCGAAUCUAUGCAAAUUGAUGCGCCAUUAACACAGCUGGAGAAAACUACUAAUACUACCUGGGAGAAUUCCAUUUAUUCAGUACCUUCUUUUCAGUCGUUUUCUUUAUCGCCACAACAAAUGAAGAAUCAAAAAGCGCGAAUUCGAUAUACAGGCGAUCCUGCUUUACUGCCAAUAAAAAGUACAGAAUUCACGUUCUUGGUACGAUUUCUGCACCAACUGUCAUGCCAGCUGAACUUAAUGUUUAGUGAAGAAAUGGAUGAUUUAUGGCAUCGGGAUGAUCUGUGGGGUAAACUUGGACGCCAAAUAUUGAGCCCCCCUAUGGUUACACAAACUUUCGAUAAAUCACAAGGCAUUUGUGUAUUGAAACAUGACCAAUUAGGUCCGAGGAUUUGUUUGCGAAUACUGGCAUCUUACACGUCAUCGUUCAUAAUUUCAUGCUCGUUUUUGCUCGGAUAUUUAAUGUUGAAUGCACCAAGUUACGGGUUUAUGCUAUUGUUAAUGUUCGCAUUUUUAAUUUUAUUUUUCAAAUCACUGUUUUUUGACGUAUCACCCAUAGAUAUGCUAACGGAUCAAACACGGAUAAUAGAUCGGACUAGUUAAUAUGGUGAAUACUUUUUUUAAAUGUAUCUUUUAUUUGAUUUUUUAUUACAAUAAAAUAAUUGCGAGUAGAA